UUUCGGUUUCAGUGGCGCGCGUACUACCUGCGAACGCUGUUCGGAUUUCGCGUGCACCGAGUGUACAACAAUAGUGCAGCGAACGUCGUACGGGAAAACCGCAACAGCCCUCCCAGAACGGAGAUAUUCUACGCGUAAACGAUAGCUGCGAUCUAUAAAUCACAAAUCGGAGAUUUUCGUGGUCCACGCCGUCGCCGCUUCGAGUCCCCGACCGCGAUACCCAUCCACAGGUGCCUAACUACUUAUACUCACAGACAUAUCGGCAACGAUAUAGCGCAAUGCUAGCGUCCAAAGCCGCGUCGUGUCUGCGGACGUUUUUCGCCGUUGCCGCGUUGAUCGUGGGCCGUUGCGCCGGCAGGUCAGCGUCUGUCGGACCAGGAGUUCAGAACCACGGCGACGACCGGAAGGAUCUGCUACCCGUCCAACACACCAUCAUCGAAGUGUCGCCGGGUGAUACGGCCGUGCUCCAGUGUCCCAGCAACGACGAACACCACAGGUUCCAGUUCUGGUGGAUGAAACCCGACCAGAUCAUAGGGCCCGGCACCGCCCCCAACAGCGACAAGUUCAAAUACGAAGUCCUCACCGGCACGCUUUACAUCAAGCAAGUAACAGCUCAAGAAAGCGGGAUCUACACGUGCGUGUGUAAACAUCUCGGAAACAUAUCGCUGUCGGCGAGGUCUGUACAGCUGGAAAUAAAAAAGGAAUGGAAAGACCUCUGGGAAAACGACUACACGGUCAACAGCAUACGGUUGGCGGCCGUCUUGAGCGUUAUGGUGUUGCUGUUGCUGUUACUGUAUUUGUUUUACCUAACAGCGUAUAAGAAUAGUAACAGAACGUUACACUUCAGAGAAGAUUAUUCGGACGAAGAUGUGUCGAUGGACAGACAGAUGUACAGAAAAACUAACAUAAUGAAAGAAAACAUGUUUCAACAUGGUAUAGACAACCCGACACUAGAAAAAGAAGCGUCCCAAGUCAAAAAUAAUGGAGAGACGAAGACGUAAUAGCGGAUCCAAUAAUACACAGUUCGUCGGUAUGAAAAAGGCAGUUCCUUCUCGGAAAAUGACUGUUCCGAUUGUUUUUCUUCUUUUUUCUCCGUCUUUAUAUACCUAGUGAAUGUAUAUAUUAUAUAAAAAAAAAAA